AUGUCCCUCCACCUUUAUAAGCCACUAGGUGACAACGACCACGCCAUCCGCCUAGACGCUGCGAAGACACUAACCUCGGAACUCCUACAACUGCUCUCGAGUGAGCAUUCGGAAAAGUCCAAAUCUUCCCUGGAUUAUGCCCUCGGCAGAUUAACGAAGGGCCUAGCUAGUGGGCGGGAGUCGGCAAGGCCGGGGUUUGCGGUUGUGCUUACGGAGUUUCUAGGGCACAUUUUAGAAACCGGGAAUGCCGCAAAGUGGGGGUUUGAAUUGGCAGGGGUGAUUAAGCUUGUUGCUGCCAACACCCAACCGCCGGGGCAUACCACAGGUCCGGAAGAGAGGGAUUACCACCUCGGGAGGUUGUUCGGAUUGAAGGCUCUUGUGCAGUCUGGUGUUCUCUUCCGUGGAGUGGAGAGGGAGGGGUAUGCGGACGUGCUGAAUCUCUUAUUUGAGUUGUCUUUGCAGAAGCCGUGGCUGAGGGAGUCUUGUGCGUCGGUUGUGUGCUCGGCGGUAUCUGGCUGGUCGGGCGAUGCGAAGCAGUGGGCUGCAAAGGUUACCUAUGAUGCUUUGGCGGAGUCUGAGCUGGCGAAGACGAGUGACGGAACAGCUGUAUGGUUGACUCUCCAGGCGUACUGCCCGAACAUCCUCCCACCGAAGAAUCUCUGGGUGAAGGAGUGCCCGCUGGCGAAACCGAAUUUGGUCACAUUAGCAAAGGUCCUGAAAGAGGCUGGGUCCAAGGAUGAAGAGGGAAGGAAUCUACAACAGAAGGGCUCUUGGAACCCUAAACUUAAUUUCGUUUGGGAUUUAGUGCUUGAAGCGUAUAUUGGCGAGAGUAAAGAGUGGGUGGGUUUUCGAGAACGAGAAACCUCUGUAAUGCCUAUGUGGGAGGAGUUCUGGAAAGUUGCUGUAGAUGAAAGCCUAUUCUCCGCCUCCUCUUCCAACCACCGAAAGUUCUGGGGGUUCCUCAUAUUCGGGAAGGCACUUAAUCGGAUUUUUGCCUUCAGUGAUGGUGGAUCAUAUCUCGCGCCAAUGUUCUCCAAGAACUUUAUGCGAUGUUUGAUAAAUCAGCUAUCGGAUCCAGAACGAUACUUGCAUAAGGCUGCACAGAAGUGUAUUAGAACACUGCUACAAAAGGCUGAAUCAACGCCGUGGACGGCUCCCGUGAUCUUUGUGCAGUUGGUCUCAAACAACGGCACGCCCAACUUUGACUCGCUGACGAAGACGAAGUACGUCGAUAAGAUUAUGAUACUGGCAGACGAAGACGGGCUCGACGCAAUUAUUAGAGGGUUUAGGAAGAUCUUACUGGAUCCUCUUCAGCCAAAAUGGAACAGUGACUCGGGUGAAGAGAGCCGGCAGCAGAAGACAAAAACCGCUGAAGUUCGACGACAGUGGGCGGCGGACCAGAUACUCACGCUCAUUCGUAAUGGGAAAUCUGUAAAAGCGGAAUCGUGGAUUGGGAAUGCCGUAUCUCUACUCGCAGGCUUUGGCUUCCUUGAGACGCCCGUUCGCGGGGCCGAACUGGGAAUACCAGUAUCACCCACCAGCCAGUUAAUGUUCAGAUCCAGACUCAUGUCCUGCCUAUCCCACCUACUCAGCAUCAAGGAUGACAUCUCCGGCAACGAGACAUGGCCGUACCGUGCCGUCAAGAAAGUCCUCAAUAACAAAGAGACACUAACAAUCGAGCUCGACGACACCAUCGAAACAGCUAUAAAGAGCGCCCAAUCAACGCUCAAGAAAAUAAACAAAAAGCGCACCUCAGCCCGAAAAUCCGACAAGACCAAGAGAGCCACCCAACUGGAGUCUUUCGAACUCCUCUACUCCCUCGUCAUCCUACAAAUCCUGAGCGGUGAACCAGACGCGCUGGAGGUUCUUGACGAGCUAAGCCUUUGCUACGAGAGGGUUAUCAAGAAGCGGAAACAUGCGACGGAGGAUGAAGUCGAAGUUAGUGAAGUUUUGAUGGAGAUCUUGCUAAGCUUCUUGUCGAAGCCGAGCGUCCUACUGCGGAAAUUGGCACAGCAAGUGUUCACGGCAUUUGUGGAUAGUGUUACCGAUGCUGGCUUGGAACUAUUGACGAAUGUACUGGAGACGAAGGAGAGUCUGAGUGGGCAGCAGGAGCUCUUCGGUGGAGUCGAUGAAGAUGAAGACGGCGAAGUCAUGGACGAUGGAACCGACGACGCCGAGGAAGUAAAUUUCUCUACGGAAGACAAAGACGAACUAGACUCGGAUGUCGAAAUAAUAUCCGCCUCCUCCUCCCAAGAAGACGAAGCGGCCACCGGCACCGACGACGACGAAGCCACGAAGCUCGAGACCGCCCUAACCCACGCACUAGCCCCACAUGCGCCAAAAGUCGACUCAGACUCCGACAUGUCCGAUGGUGCAAUGCUAGCCCUAGACGAAACGCUUUCCAAAAUAUUCCGCCAGCGCACCAAACCUCUCCCCGCCUCUAAAAAACGAUCCGCAGCGGCCGCGAAACAAAACAUUACAAAUUUCAAAGUCCGAGUAUUGGAUUUACUCGAGAUUUUCGCUAAGGCUGAUAAAGAGCAGAGGGGUGAGGUAAGGCAUGAUCCGGGGGUGCUGUUGUUGCCGUUGCUAGCGUGUAUUAGAAAGACUAGUGAUCGGGUGGUUGCCGAGAGGUGUUUUGGGGUUUUGAAGAUCUGUCUGAGGAAUCCACCUCGAUUUCACCCCCCCUCCUCCCUUGGCGGGGAGGGGAGGUUGUGGGCCCUGUUGAAAGAGGUGCACGAACUGGCCGAGUUGGGCUCUGGCUCGGCCGGGGGGGAUAUGUACGCGAAGGCUUGUUCCACCGCUUCAUUGGUUUUGGGGAAGAUAUUGGUUGGUGGCGGGAGUGAGGUAGCACAAGAGCGAGAGUUUGAAGAGAGGGUCAGGGGGAUUGUUGGGGUUUACGCGGAGACUUUGACCAAGUGGGUGGUUGAGGGUGGUGGCGCGGGAGUGCAGAGGGCUUUUUUUGUGGAGUUUGUGGAUUGGGUUGCAGGGGUGAGGGGUGGGAAGAGUGGGAGGGGAGCUAUUGGGAAGGGGAAGGGGAAGGGGAAGGGGAAGAGGGGGAAGGGGAAGAAGGGUGUAUGA